AUGUCAUCAUCAAGCUUCCCGCCCGAGGAGCUUCGGCAAAUCGUUCAAGAGGUCGCAACCCUCCUAAAAGAACGCAAAGAAACGAUCUCCGUAGCAGAAACAGCAGCCGGCGGUCUAAUCUCCGCGACCCUCUUGUCCUUCCCUGGCGCCUCGGGCUACUACAAAGGCGGCCUUACCCUCUACACACUUGAAUCCCGCAUCGCAUUCGCAGGCUGGACACCGGAGCACAUCAAAGACUACAAAGGUCCCACUCCAGAAAUCGUCACAGGGCUUGCUGAGCAUACGCGCAAAACGCUAGGAAGCACGUAUACCGUCAGCGAGAGUGGGACAGCAGGGCCGACAGGUGGGCAGACGCGGAAUAGAACGCCAGGGUAUGUGGCGCUUGCUGUUGCGGGUGACAAGGGGACUGUGACGAGGGAGGUGGAGACGGGGAGCAGUGAGCGUGAGGACAAUAUGGUGAGGUUUGCCGUCGAGGGGUUGAAGUUGGUUAGGGAUGUAAUCAAGGGCGAGGGGAAGCUGUGA